AAAUCCAAUUUCCCACCAUAUAUGAGCUGAGGAACUGCAUGGAAGAGAUUUUGCAAGUGUGUACGGCCUUGAAAUCCAGUCUCAAACAACAUAAUCACUGUGGUUACACCAGAUUUGGACACUGUCCAGCACGGCCAACAUACCCUUUGUGCUCUGAUGAGGAGAGGGAGGAUAAAUGUCCAUCUGGGUGUCUUCUGGAGGGUCUUAUUAAUCUUGCAGAUGAAGACAUUCGGAAACGUCUGAGAAAUAUUUGUGAAAGGAUUCAAGAAAGUCAGGACGUCACUUCAUCUGUAAUGCAAAAGAGUGUGCAGUUUUAUGGAUCACAAAGAAAAGCUAUCAUCCAGACAUAUAUGCAGGAGAUCAGAUAUGCAAAGUUUGCUGAAGACCUUCACAGAAACUUAACAUUCCUGCACAAGAGGUCUGCAGAACUUGCAAAAGACUUACAGAAGCAUCAUCAGUUGAUCUGGAAUCAGAUAAAUGAAAUCCGUCGAAUUGAGGUGGACAUUGACAUCAAAAUCCGUGCGUGCAAAGGAUCAUGCAAGCAAACCUUUGACCAUACCGUUGAUAACGAAGCCUUCAAAGAUAUGGAGAACAAAAUGGAGCAGUUCAGCAUUAUCUCAAAGAGGCGAAAAUCAUUCUCCAAAAACAAAAAACUACAGCUUCAGUCUGUUGAUCGGCCUACGGUGUCCCCCUCUUACCGGAAAAUUCCCAUUGUUCGCACUGAGCUGCUUACAAAGUUUGAAGACAUUGAGCAGCAUCAGGUGAUUUUAGAUGAACUCCUAGAAGAUAUUUAA